AUGAAUAACCUACGGAAAUCAUUGGAGGUUAAUGUCGAGGCUGUCCAUAAUAUUACAGUGGCUUGUUUGCCGCUAUUAAGAGAGGUCAAUCGGAAGACGGUGUUGAACAUGAGCUCGAUUGCAGGGUCUAUGGCACACGCUGAGCGAUUCAUGAUCGCGCCUGACCCUGCAUAUAAAAUAUCGAAGGCUGCACUGAACUGCUUAACCAGAGUAUAUGCAUUGGAAUUGGAGAGCGAAGGCUUCACAAUCUUUGCAGUCUCACCCGGAUGGCUUAGGACAGACCAGGGCGGUCCGUAUGCCGAUCUUGACGCUGAAACCGGCGCAAACGCAAUGCUGGACCUCCUAUCAAGGGAUAGAGCAGACCUAAAUGGAAAGUUUCUAAAUAUUCACGUCCCAAGUUGGGAGAAAACGACAGGGCUGCAUCAGUAUGACGGGGCUGAGCUUCCAUGGUAA